GAUAGCCGAGUGGGGUAAAACGGUGGUGCUCUUCCUAUUUAUUGAAAGUAUGAGAGAGCUCGGUACAUUUGGUUAGCACACGGACGGGCGGCCUGACACAUGAUCAAUUUCUCAUAUAAAAUAUGUUUAUUCAAACAUAAUAAUACUCAUUUCGUCAAAGGCCGGCAAACGGAUCGGAAACGCCGUUAUUCACUACGCUUAUAUUCUGUUGUUGCGUCGCGUGUGUUUGUCAAGAUGCUUUCUUGUCUGCAUUAAUUUUGGCAAAGUAUAUUAGAGCAUCAGCAACAUUGUAACAUUCUUCGACAUUUGGCACAUUCCGCAUCCGAAAUAGGAGCUUGUUCAUCUUAAGGAACGAAGACAGAAUAACCGAGACAAACGCGUACUUUCCUUUCGCAAGGCAAUCAAAAUCUAAAAAGAACGGUUAGUGAAACAACCGUUGGUAAAAGUGGCAGUACAGUGAUUUUCACCCACAUCCGACAUCUGUUGGUGUAUCUGGCAGCUCAAAGUGCAUACUCAAAACAAACAUUGAAAAGAGGGAAACGUAUAUUUACAGCGAUAAAUAAAUUAAUGAAAAUAUCUCUAAGAUAGUGAAAGUUACAAUAGAAACACCAGUGAAACGCCCAAAUAAACAAAUCGGAUAGUGAAAAUAUUUUGAAAAAUGCAAUUAACCGGCAAAUGUACAAAUAGCUUUCGCAGUGAAUUUAGAUGGAAAAAUUUUGGUUUUCACCAUAAUCAAUUGGAUGAGUUCUACCGGUCACAGUGGCAAAGUGGUGAGAAAAGCGCAUGGUUUUUAUUGUAUCGAUGGCUUUGGACCCUAUUCUUUGUAAGCGUUUUCCUAUCGUGCCUGGUGCUACAAUUCUCUGAAGGGAAAUAUUUCAUAUUUCUCACCAACUGGGGCAUUAUGCUAUGUGUGAUCACACAACUUCUGGGAGUUGUGUUGGCCACCCGCUGGUAUUUUGAUGUGAAUGCUAUACGCUCAACAGCCUGCGAGGGGGCCCAAGUCAAGAAGACACCUACUGCGGUUAAAUUCUAUUGGCUUUUGCAUGCCAUUUCAGUGCCCUUGGCUCUAAUCAUCACUACCGUGUACUGGUCAUUUUUGCAUGGGAAAAUGAAUAAGCCCAACCGCUUCCCAGUGAUGAGCUUUGUGACACACUGUCUUAAUUCCGUAUUCAUGCUGGUGGACUUUCUAAUUGUUGCAUUUCCGGUACGAUUGUUGCAUGCCAUCUAUGCCAUGCUGUUGCCCAUUGUAUUCUGUUGCUUCACUGUAGUGUACUAUUUUUGCGGCGGAACCGAUGAUUUUGGCAAUCAUUACGUAUAUCCACUGCUAGAUUGGAAGGUGCCGAGCCGAGGUCUACUCACAUUUGCUGGCGUAUUUGCUUUGUACUGCAUUUACUGCAUCCUGCUUUAUGCCCUCUUCAAAUUUAAGCGAUUUCUGCAUCGGACAUUCAGUGCUGUGUGGUCUCCCCAUUGUGUGGGACUAAUUUAGGUUUAUUUCCAUUGUAUAAUUAUCGGAUACAUUCACCCAUUUGUCAGAUCCCGUCCAGCACCAUCAAAUUUCGUAUUGAAGCCCUCAAGGGGCUACACUAAUGUCGAUUGCUGCCAUCGAAAUACUUCCAUAAUUUUGUCUGAAUUUCAUACGAUUUACUCUUUAUAUUAGCGAUUUUUUUGUUUUGUGAUUUACAUCCUUAUUAACAUUGAUGCACUAUUUUUCCUUAUUUUUAUUCAUGAUAGAUAAAUAUAAGUACAUUUGACUAAACUUAAGUAAAAUUCUUUAGCUUAAGUUAAAAAUGGAAUAGUAUUACGAAUAUGUGACACUAACUAUUUUGCUGCAUGUAUUCUCUCUUCCAAUCGAAAUGUGACCGAACUCAAUGAAGGUACUACGAAGACUUCUUUAGUGUGUAAGUGAUUAAGCCAAAUACGUACAUACAUUAUGUAACUAGUUUUAUAUUGAAAAUUGCAAAAAGACCAAUAUAUCAACAAUACUCUUAGCCUCUAAGGCAACCACUAUUCAUUGUAUAUUACAUAAGAUUACAUACCUCAUACGAGUAGCAAAUUAGUCAAAUCGUCCAACUUUACAUUGAUAAUAUAAGCAACAA